AUGGACAAGCCCCUCAACUCGCCGCUCCUCAUCGAGCCCAUCGGCCGCCCCACAAAGCUCUCCCCAGCCGCCACCUUCUCCCACCUCCAAAACUUCCUCGUCGCCCUCCCACCUUCCCCCUCGCGCACCCAGCUCGAGCGCCUGGCCGACGCGCUCGGCGUCGAGACCGGCGCCAUUGCCCCGUCCGAGGGCGAGCGGCGCGAGGCAGAGCGCAUUGCUGCGCGUAACGCCGCCAGGGCCGAGCGCAGGGCCAAGCGCGAGGCAGAGCGGAUCGCUGCCGAGGCCGAGGAGGCUGCCAAGCUUGAGCAGCAGCUCGAGGAGGAUGACGAGGAGGAGGAGGAGGAUGGAGAGGCGUUUGAGGGCGAUGAGACCAUGGGCGACAUCGAGUACGGCGAUGUCCCCGAUGACGAGGACGAGCCCGAUAACCGCGAGGGCAAGGACGCCGAGGACGACGAGUAG